GAGCAAAGGGGGGUGGGGCUGGUAAGUACAUAUAUAGUAGUAUAGCUAGAGAAAGGCAACGCAUAGAAUCUAACUGGUGAUAGACAGAAAUGGGAGGCUGUGCAUCAAAGCAAACCGACGAUGAGCGGUACAUGGGGACAGCUACCAGUGAUACAAGCCCGUUCAGCUCCCUCUUUGAUCUGCACAAAGCUGUCUGCAAAGUGGGUGUUGAACAAUCAUGGGGCUUUGGCUUCUUGUGCAAGUUUCCCCUGGAGAAUGAUCCAGAGAACUUUGUGUAUGGUAUACUGACUAACAACUACACUCUGGGUUCCAAUGAGCUUCAGUCUGGUCAAGUUACACUAUCUUUUGUGACAAAUGUUGCCGGAGAGAAGAGAUCUUUCGAAACUCGGAUGGAUCCACAGAUGCGAUUUCGUUUCACAUGCCCUAUGUUUGAUGCCACAUUCAUUCACAUCACAGAGACAGAGGUGGAUCAACUGAAGAAACACAAGCGACUGUUUCUAACGCUCUCCACCGACUGGGAGGGAGUUCGAGGGGAAGAGGUGUUAGUCAUACAGCAGCAAUCUGGAAACAAGACCCGGUUUGCCAAUGGUACCUUUCUUCGCUACAACGGAUUUGACAUCUUACACACUAGCUCCUCUGAUGUUGGCUCUUGGGGUUCCCCUCUUGCAUUGCGUGAUGGGAAAGUGAUCGGGCUUCACAAACGAAAAGCACCUCAAAAUACCAGCCAGUAUGACGUUGCUCUCUCUUCAAAAGUUCUUGUAGAGGCUCUUCGAAUGCACUGCUACAGCGCUAGACCUGGAGUCAAGCUAGUUUCCAAUCCCGUCCGAUUCAACCCCGACUCUGAGCUGAGAAUUGUCGAGCAUGGCUUAGCAAAGUGUGCGUCCAUCGAUAAUAAGAGCCUCAUCUUUGUGAGCCCCAUGGAUGAAGAUGAUAAGGAUGAAGAGGAAAUUGAAGCUGACGACAAAGGAUUUGCCCGUCCCAAGCCUCCGAAACUUGAUGCAAACUCCCGAGCAUACACCGUCACAGGUGGUCUGGAAGAAGAAACUCAAAAGGUGUCCGUUGACACGAGCAUAUACGUAUCGCCUCUCUGGUAUACGCCGACGAGCCAUGGUUGGUACUGGACACCCACUGACCCCUUCGACCGCUCAAAGGAGACUAAUUGGAUGUCAACAACCACCCGAUACGUUGUGGGAGGAGCUCAACAGCAUGGCAAGAAGAUGCUCAAGAAAGAUGUUGAAGUAGGUCGGUGGUUAAGAAGCACAGGUGGAAUACAAAAGAACUGAUAGACAUAAUUAUGUAGUAAUGUAACAAAACCCCAAAACUUGUUUAUAUAAUUAUAUAUUUGAUUUUAAUUUUUACAUGGAAAAGGUUUUACAUUUUUA